UUGCCUCUGACAACACUGGCUCAGUGUCUGAUGGAGGGGUCAGCCGUCCUGGGAGACGACACACUGCUCGGGAAGAUGCUAAAACUCUGUGGAGAGACCGAGGACAAGCUGGCCCAGGAGCUGAUCCACUUUGAGUUGCAGGUGGAGAGAGACGUGAUUGAGCCCUUGUUUUUGCUGGCCGAGGUGGAAAUCCCAAAUAUUCAGAAACAGAGGAAACAUUUAGCAAAGUUGGUGCUGGACAUGGAUUCUUCACGAACAAGGUGGCAGCAGACUUCCAAGUCUUCAGGUCUGUCCAGCAGCUUACAGCCCGCAGGUGCCAAAGCUGAUGCCCUCAGGGAAGAGAUGGAAGAGGCAGCCAACAGAGUGGAGAUUUGCAGGGACCAGCUCUCCGCGGACAUGUACAGUUUUGUGGCCAAAGAAAUCGACUAUGCAAACUACUUUCAAACGCUCAUCGAAGUGCAGGCCGAGUUCCACCGCAAGUCCCUGACGCUGCUGCAGGCUGUGCUGCCCCAGAUCAAAGCACAGCAGGAGGCCUGGGUGGAGAAGCCUUCCUUCGGGAAGCCCCUGGAGGAGCACCUCACCAUCAGCGGCCGCGAGAUCGCCUUCCCCAUCGAGGCCUGCGUGACCAUGCUGCUGGAGUGCGGCCUGCAGGAGGAGGGACUCUUCCGGGUAGCACCGUCGGCCUCCAAGUUGAAGAAGCUGAAAGCCGCCUUGGACUGCUGCGUGGUGGAUGUGCAGGAGUACUCAGCGGACCCCCAUGCGAUCGCAGGAGCUUUGAAAUCUUACCUCCGAGAGUUGCCGGAACCUCUUAUGACCUUCGAACUCUAUGACGAGUGGAUUCAGGCUUCCAAUAUCCAGGAGCAAGACAAGAGGCUUCAGGCGCUGUGGAAUGCUUGUGAAAAGUUGCCCAAGGCCAAUCACAACAACAUCCGAUACUUGAUCAAGUUUUUAUCCAAGCUGUCAGAAUAUCAAGAUGUAAACAAGAUGACCCCCAGUAACAUGGCGAUCGUGUUAGGUCCCAACCUCCUGUGGCCGCAAGCAGAAGGGAACAUCACGGAGAUGAUGACCACGGUGUCCCUGCAGAUCGUUGGCAUCAUCGAGCCCAUCAUCCAGCACGCGGACUGGUUCUUCCCCGGAGAGAUAGAGUUCAACAUCACAGGGAAUUAUGGGAGUCCGGUACACGUGAACCACAACGCCAACUUUAGCUCAAUGCCCUCCCCAGACAUGGACCCCGCUGACCGGCGCCAGCCCGAGCAGAUCCGCCGGCCCCUCAGCGUUGCCACGGAUAAUAUGAUGCUGGAGUUUUACAAAAAGGAUGGCCUUAGGAAAAUCCAAAGCAUGGGCGUGAGGGUCAUGGACACGUCCUGGGUGGCUCGAAGAGGCUCCUCAGCCAGCAGGAAGGCGUCCUGCGCCCCGCCCACCGUGCAGCCCCCCGCGCCGCCGCCCGCCGAGCUGGCUGCUGCACCCCUGCCUUCGCCGCUCGUGGAGCAGCCCCCGGACGGCCCCUCGCUUUCGCCUUCGGGCCUGGGGCUCCCAGCCGGGCCCGAGCGCACCAGCGCUUCGAAAACCAAGGAGGUUUCUCCGGGAUCUGGGCAGAAAGGAAGCCCGGGCUCCAGCCAAGGGACGCCAGGUGCAGGGACUCAGCCUGGGGCCACCCCCGGUGCCAGCCCCAGCCAGCCGCCCCCAGACCAGAGCCCUCACACUCUCCGGAAAGUUUCCAAGAAGCUGGCACCCAUCCCGCCCAAGGUCCCCUUCGGCCAGCCAGCGGCUGUGACUGACCUCUCUGCCGGCCAGCCGUCCCCGCUCAGCCUGUCCCCCACGCCCCCGAGCACCCCUUCGCCCUACGGACUGAGUUACCCUCAGGGGUACUCCCUGGCCUCCGGCCAGCUCUCCCCGGCCGCCGCGGCGCCCCCCCUGGCCUCCCCCGCCGGCUUCACGAGCGCCACGGCCAAGUCGCGGCCCACCCCGAAGCCCCGACAGAGGCCCACACUGCCGCCCCCACAGCCUCCGACGGUCAGCCUGCCGGCCCCGAGUCCGCAGGCCGCGGAGCACCCCGUGCUCGACGGCGUGGCCCCUGCGGAGAGCAUGUCCACAGAUCUCGUCCACUUUGACAUUCCCUCCAUCCACGUGGAGCUCGGGCCUCCGCUCCGCCUGAGCCCCCUGGAACACGCACGGCGACACUCGGUGACAGAGAAGAGGGACUCGGAGGAGGAGUCUGAGAGCACCGCCCUCUGACCACGCAGGCCCCGCCCACCACGGAGCGCCGCCCCCUGGGCUCCCGGAGCGGCUGUGCCGAGGCUGGAGUCGUGCACGGAACUGUCCCCUCUGGCCCGAGUGGCCCUGUUGGUGCGGAGUUCGUUUGUUCCCUGGGGUGGUGACUUUGGCCUUUUGUUUGAUCUCUGCCUUUCUGACUUUGUGCCUAUUUUGAUCCAGCCUCCAGGCCCAGGCCCCCCUCCCCCCACUCGAGGGCUUGCCAUCAGAAAGGUCAUUUGCGGCGGUUAGGCCGGGGUGCGAGGAGGGGUGGUGCCCCACCGUCGCCCGCGACUCCGGGGGACGCUGACCUGACCCGCGUGCGCGCUGGGGGAUGGGGUGGCUCGUGUACAAAGUUUGCUUCACCCUCUCGCGGUUUUGUUUCUCCUGCUGGGUGCCUGAAGGCUCCGUCACUACCUUCUCGUUUUCUACUGACGAAUUUAACGGCUGAUCUUGAGGGCGCCUGGGCGGCCCGAGGAUCGUGUCCCUGUUCCCCCAGAACCCUCCUCGGACUCUUCCCCCCUACCCCAGAGGCCCCAGGGAACAGCAAUAAUUCCGCUUACCGGAGCAGCAGCAUGGUGGACGGAAGGCGGCCCUCGGCGACAUGGGGCCAGGGCCACCGGCCCGGCGGACACGCGGGAGCCCAGCCCCACGUGGGGCCGACGGGAGGGCGAGGCUUCGGGUCCUGCAUGCCAACGCCAACGUUCCAAUUCUAUCCUUUUAAAAUAGAUGGCGCCCUACCUAUACAUAAUAUUUGUAUAUAUGAAAUCUAUAUUUGUUUAAUUUGAGCCCAACUCAGCCCAUGUAUAGGCGUACACGGAGAACUCGAAAAGCUUAGUUAUUUUUCCCGACACAGGUGUAAAGUAACCUUCCCCGAGGGUGGGGUUUUGCCAACUUUUGACGUCAGCAGCUUUGCUCGCUCCUGGCUCGGACAGUUCCGGACCUGAUUUGUAACGGAGUCCAGGGGUUUAAAGUUACCUUUAAAUACAUGUACAAAUAGUUGUCAAAAGUAAUGUUAUUAAAAUAGAUUUAUUAUCCCUGA